AUGGACUUCUGCUCAGUAGAAUCUGCAAUUGGAUUGUUUGACCUGAUAUUAUGCAGUAUUACAGUCUUUCAGCAAGAUCAGAGAGCUGGGACGUGCUUUUACAGCCUAACAAAUGGCCGCUGUGCUCAGGAGCAGACCAUACGCUACACCAAGAUGCAGUGUUGCUGUGAAUCUGGGCGCUGUUGGGCCCUUGGCUCUGUUCCAGAGAUGUGUCCAAUCAGAGGUUCUGAUGAAUAUCGCAGGCUUUGCAUUGAAGGCGCUCCGGUAGUGCAAGGUGUUCCGCAGCAUGGUCCAAAUUCUAGACAAGGAUUUGACACUCCAGGUUUACCUGAUUUUGAUUUUGACAGAAGACGCUUUAGACCCCAUGAUCCUGCCAUCAGUCUUGCCACUGUUGAUCGUGAUCCAGGGGGAGGUACAGGUAGAGGUGAGAUCAUUAACAGACCCCGCAAGAUUUCGGACAUUAGCACUGUUUCUAUUAAUCAGACAAAUAUAGAUGUCUGUAAACACUUCACCAAUCUCUGUCUGAAUGGACGCUGCAUCCCCACACCAACAAGUUACCGCUGUGAAUGUAAUAUGGGUUUCAAACAAGAUCUACGCAGAGAAUGUGUUGGUUUGGAGCUUCAGCCCAUUCCUGAUGAUGUCAGUUCUGUUAAAAGCUGUGGGUCAGGAAGGAGGUAUAGCCGAGCCUGGAGUUUCAGCUUCUACAGCCUUCCUUGUCUCUGCAAACUGUGCAAACGGAUAGAUGAGGUGCAGAAGCCUGGGGAGCCAUGUUACGACAUAAUGAGCUAA